AUGAUUGAGAAACUUACCAAGAAUAGAUCUAAUCAACGCACAUUUGUAUACACAGGAGUGGUAAUAUGGCUACUUGUCAUUAAUAUUUGGCUAUUUUACACCUACCAUUCACGUAAUAGUGAUCUGCGAUACUUGUCAAAAUCUUCCAUAUACGAUCAAUACGAUCCUGCAAAUGUUCAACCACCACAACUGCCUCAAUUGCUAGAUAAACAUCCAUCAGCAAAGACAUUCAAGGAUGAUAUCACCGUCAAGUUAUUACAAAAACAGCAACUGAAGGAAAAAGAUAUACGUAAAAUAGAUGCUCAUGCAACCAUAUACAACAAGAUCUUUGCCAACCAUGAAAUUGACUCCAUUUUCGGCAAUCUAAAUUUUCAACAACGAUGCGAUUUAUUUUUCCAAAACUUGUUUAUUGAUGACAAGAAUUGGAUUUUCAGAGUUAAUGAAAAAAUCGAAUUGGAGAAUAAACAUGAGUUCAAGUUUAAUGAUUGGAGAAAGAAUCAUUUGGAAGAUUAUAAAAAGGAUUUUGCUGAAAAGAACAACAAGAAUAAAGAUGAAGUUGAGAAAACACCCGAGUUUGAAACAUUUAUCAGAAAGGGGUAUGAAGAUUUUUGGAAUCGCACAAUGACUUAUGAACAAAAAAUUGUUGAUCACGUGUCGAUUUUAAGAAUUUUCAAUAAAUGUUAUCUUACUAGCGACAACUCGACUCAGAUUAAACGUACGGAAGAGUUUAUUCAGAAACAACAUAAGCUUAUCCAUGGGAUCAAUUUAGCUUCCAAGAGUGGGAAAGGAGUACCAUCAUUUUCCUACACUAAGCAAGAAAAUCUCAUCAACUUCAAAUCAAUCAAGCAUAGUGCUUUUGAACAUCGUGUUUACCCAUGGUUAUCAUUUGAAUAUCCUAUAUAUGAACGAUUCACUGGGGAAGUUUUUUACAAACCACCACAAAUGUCGAAAUUCGUCAAGGAUGAGCUGCAAAAGACUUCAAAAUCAUACAAGGAUUCAGAACAGAUGGAUUUCUUUUUGAAUCGAUUCAAGAACAAAUGUAACGGAAAGGGUAUUGUUUUAUCCAUUGGUGAUGAUCAUGUUGACGAUACAGUACGAUUAAUUCAUUUACUUCGAGCAUUAAACAAUAAAUUGCCAAUACAAAUUGUCUAUUAUGAUGAUAUACUGGAAGAAACCAAAAAGAAAAUUGUCACUGCUGGACGUGAGGUUAUAGCGACAUUACCUAAAUCAUUUGAUAAAGUAGCUCAUCACUUUCCACCAGAUUACCUCAAGAACGAGAAGGGAUUACCUGAACAAGAAAUUUGGUUUGUCAACACUUAUAAUGUCAUUCAUAGUGAUUACAAGGAUAAAUUUAAAAGAUUCGCCAACAAGUUUCUUGCUACAUUUUUUAAUUCAUUUGAAGAAAUCAUGUUGAUUGAUGCUGAUACAGUAAUGAUGCAAACACCAGAAUAUUUCUUCAAUUUGCUAGGGUAUAAGCGAUCAGGAACAUACUUCUACAAGGAUAGAACCACAUUCGAAACAAGACCAAUGUCAGAUGCGGUUUUUUUCAAAAAAAUCGGACCUUCCGUUAUUGAUUCAAUCAUGUUUGAUAUCCCCAUUAUGACGAAAUAUACCUUGGAUACCGAUUUUUUCAAAGGCUUAUUCCAUUAUCAAGAAUCGGGGUUGGUUAUGCUUAAUCGGAAAAUCCAUUUCAAUGCAUUACUAAUGAUGUUUCAAUUGAAUUUUUAUGAACCAGUGACAAAGAGAAGUCAUGGUGAUAAAGAAUUAUUCUGGUUAGCGAUGGCCAUUUCCGGUGAGGAGAAUUAUGUAUUUGAUGAAAACUAUGCCGCUGCUAUUGGUGUUACGACACCAGCUUCAGAUAGACCCAAAGUUGAUGGCCACACGCCUCGUGAAUCAGUAGAACUAUGUUCACCUCAUCCAGGUCAUGUAUCUAGUGAAGAUAAUGCCCUUGUAUGGAUCAAUUCCGGGUUCUUGUACUGCUCCAAAUCACCACAAUUGGAUUUUGAAAAGGAAGCUGAACAUAAAGAUCGAUUAAAAUGGUUACAUACUGCCGAAGAGUUUAAAGCAUUUUAUACUAGUCCAUUGAGAAUCCAAUCGGCGAUAAUCCCUCCCAUGGAUUUACACAAUUGGGCCAUUAACAAUGAUGACGAACCUAGUCGAGGUUGGUUUAUGGAUAGUCGAUAUUGCUCGGGGUACAUGUGGUGUGCCUAUCUGUCAAUUGGUGGGACAACCAAGACGGGUGAGAAUAAUAAACGUGUUGGUAGGGUUAUUGAUUUUAGUGUUCGUGAACAGGAAAUGUUUCAAUAUUAUGGAGAUAUCUGGGUCGGACUAGAAUAA